AUGACACUGCUGCCUAGAAGGUUGUUGCGCCCGUCAACAACCCGAGGCUGCUUAAAGGCGGUCCUACCCGGUCGGCGAUAUCUUUCCGGCCGGGACAGGCUAUUUCGCGUCUCCGAGGAAGUGCAAGAUGCUCUGGCGACCGGGAAGCCAGUUGUGGCUCUAGAGACAACAAUCUACACCCACGGCUUCCCAUAUCCCGACAACGUCGCUUUGGCUAGUUAUCUAGAGUCACUGGUCCGUACCCAUGGCGGUGUUCCUGCAACGAUUGGCAUUCUGAAUGGCAGAGCGAUUGUGGGCUUGGAGCCGGAAGAGAUCAUACAGCUUGUUUCCACGGCGGGCAAAGAUGACACUUGGAAAGUGUCAAGACGAGAUUUGGGCUUCAUCGCCGGCCUGGGAUUGAGAGGCCAAAAACUCAAUGGCGGAACAACGGUUGCUGGAACCAUGCUUCUUGCUCAUUUGGCGGGGAUCAAAAUAUUCGCGACCGGUGGCCUUGGAGGCGUCCACAGGGGAGGAGAGGACUCAAUGGACAUUUCUGCAGACUUGACUGAACUAGGGCGUACCCCCGUCACUGUCGUCAGCUCAGGAUGUAAGAGCUUCCUCGACAUCCCUCGUACUCUAGAAUACCUGGAAACACAGGGCGUUGGUGUUGGGACUUUUGCCGAUGGCAGGACGGGCGAUGUGGACUUUCCUGCUUUCUUCUCACGAGAUAGUGGUGUCCGAAGUCCCAGAGUUGUUCUGGAUGAAGUUGAUGCUGCGGCCGUUAUCUACGCUCAAUCGCAAUUCCCGAUGCAUUCCGGAUUGCUCCUUGCCAACCCUGUUCCCGAACACUCGGCCAUGCCCAAGCAUGAGAUUGAUGCAAUCAUCGCCCAGGCUGUAGCGGAGGCUGAGGAAAAGGGAAUUCGUGGAAGCGCCAAUACUCCUUACGUCUUGAAACGAAUCCGCGAGUUGAGCAACGGUGCCAGCGUCAAGGCGAACAGAGCUUUGAUUGCAGACAAUGUUGUACGUGGAACAAAGGUUGCGGUGGAAUUGGCCAAGCUGGAACGACGUGACGGAGCAGCUCCCAAGCGAAGCUCUGCGAACGCUACAACUAUUGCUACACCAGCACGGCAAACAAAUUCUACGGAAACCAUUGAAAGCAGCAGCAGCUCCCGGACCGAAAAGUCAGCUCAAUCGGCGGAGAUACUGGUCGCUGGAUCACUCGCCAGCGACACGAUCUGCGACUACCAACCUUUCCAGGACACUUCCUCCCCGAUCUCGCCAGUCAUGCAUACUUCCAACCCUUCCAGCAUCUCUCAGUCCGCUGGCGGAGUUGGACACAACGUGGCAACAGCCGCCCACUUUGCUGGUGCGAGCGUAGCUCUGGCCAGCGUGGUAGCGGAUGAUAUUGCUGGUUCUUCGCUCCUCGAAUCAGUCAAAAACACCGGCCUCUCAACCGCGGAUAUCCUCCAGCUUGCUGCGGCGGAUGGUGCCAGAACCGCACAGUACGUGGCCGUCAACGACCGGAAUAAAGAUCUGGUCGUUGCGAUGGCAGAUAUGUCAAUUUUUGCUCAUCCAGAAUUGGAAAAGCAGGAAUACUGGACAGAAAAGAUGGAGCGGCGCAAACCAAAAUGGGUUGUCGUAGACGCCAACUGGUCUCCAGCUGUUCUUUCAUCCAUAUUUACCGCCGCCAAAACCCAUCAAGCCAUGCUAGCUUUCGAGCCCGUGUCAACGGCCAAGGCUACCCGGCUGUUCCACAAGUCCGUAUGGACAAAGACAGAUACAGAUUCUAUGGUCGUGCCCAAUCAUGUCGUCAGCCUCGCUUCUCCAAACAGCCUUGAGUUAACGGCGAUUUACAACGCAGCCAGAAACGAAAUGAUGUUUGAAUCGGAGCAAUGGUGGGGUGUUAUCGACAGCUUGGGCCUUUCCGGCUCCAGUUCGCGCGAUCGGUUGAUGGCGGUGGCUGGCCGUGACCUUGUCCAGGAGGGGAUCCCUCAGCAAUGUAUUCAGCUGCUGCCCUUCGUCCCCAACCUAGUGGUCAAACUCGGGCGCAAGGGUUGCUUGCUGGCGAACUUGCUUCGACGGGGAGACCCGAGACUAUCAAGCCCCGACUACGCGCCUUACAUAAUCUCGCGAACUCUGUCUCACGAGUCGCAAGUUGGAGGCGUAUAUAUGCGACUAAUGCCUCCCUCCGUGGAAGUCGAUCAGGCAGAGAUCGUCUCGGUCAAUGGGAUCGGUGACACAAUGCUAGGCGUCAUUGUUGCAGGUCUUGCAAACGGUCGGCUGCUUGAAGAGGUGGUACCCGUGGCUCAAGACGCGGCUGUACUUAGUUUGAAAUCCGCAGAGGCCGUGUCACCUGAAGUGCGAAGCAUACAAACGAGGCUCAAUUAG